GCGGAGCCUGCGGAAGGCGGCGGCAGCGGCGGCGGCGGCACCACCUGCGAGCGGAGGCCCAGGCCGGGCAUGGCGGCGCCGAGGGCCCUGUAAGAGCGAACUUGUCGCGGGGCCCGCCAUGCGCCGGCGGCCCUGACAUGGGCGCCAGCGGCUCCAAAGCUCGGGGCCUGUGGCCCUUCGCCUCGGCGGCGGGGGGCGGCGGCCCGGAGGCGGCGGUCGCUGAGCAAGCGUUGGUGCGACCGCGAGGCCGAGUCGUGCCCCCCUUCGUAUUCACGCGCCGCGGCCCAGCCCGUUCCCCUCUCCCUCGGCACAGCUCCAUGUUCUAUGACGAAGAUGGGGAUCUGGCUCACGAGUUCUAUGAGGAGACAAUCGUCACCAAGAACGGGCAGAAGCGGGCCAAGCUGAGGCGAGUGCAUAAGAACCUGAUUCCUCAGGGCAUCGUGAAACUGGAUCCCCCCCGCAUCCACGUGGAUUUCCCUGUGAUCCUCUAUGAGGUGUGAGCCUGGGAGGUGGCAGGCAUAAACACCCCCUGCCCCAGCAAGAAACCCCCAGGCUCAAGGUGUGGCUUCCAUUGAGGAACCUAUGCUGGGGCCACAACCGUGAAUAAACUCCAUGGCCCGGAACCUUCAGCUGUGAGCAGGGCAGUCCUACAAUGCUGGUUGGGUGUUGGUUUGUUUGUGGACAAGAAGUGGCUGGUGGCUGGCAAGGGCUGAUGGCGGAGUUACCAGUCCACCUUUCCCAGCAAUCCCUACGAGGAGCAUGGCAGGGCAUAUGCGGGUCAGGAAUGCCUGGUUCCUGUGCCCUUGCCUGGCCUGCAUUCUUCCAGGCUUGCCUAGGGCCCAGCCCUGCUAGAAGCUACAGCACUUUACAAGCAAGGUCUGCCUUUUCCAGCCCCCGGGCCAUGGGAGCUGUACACAAGUUGGAACUUCCUUUCCCUCACUUCCUUUACCCUCUCGUUGGAGUAUUUCAGCCGUUUGCUACCUCGAUUCCUCCUGUGUUGGACAGAGGCUGGGGGCAGAACAAGCCUGAUUCUUCCUGCCUACCUGCCCAUCUGUUCCCACCCCCAGAUGGAUGGACAGUUUGCUGGCUGUUAAUAGGUGUGGGAAGCUUCUCCCUCUACCCAGGGCUGGGCAGAUCCCUCCCCACUGCAACUAGUUGUUUCCUCCCACCCCAAGUUGAGAGGGCAUAGGAUGGGGAUCAGGAAGGGCUCUGGAUGCCUGUGCCUAUGGGGUGUUGCCCCAUCCCACCUACUGUGUCUAAUCCCCUUUGCCUUUACACAUCCACCACCUUGUGGUACGGGACAGCACCCUAGGACUGGUGCCAGUAGCUCUGAGGAGCCCACCACCCCUUCCCCUACAGUAUAUCCAUCUCUUCAGGAUCAGUAAGAGAAAAGUACUGGAGCCCCUGGGUAGGGACAGAAGGGAGAGAACAACCAUAAAGGAAUACUUCAAAUGUGAAAGCUUGUAAAUAGUCUAGUCUGUGAUUUUGUUGGGGCAGAAUCUGAUUUCUACAUAGAAAUGACUUUUUUUUUUUAAUUCCUUACUGUGCAAACUCUGUGCUUUAAGAGUGUGGGAAAUGGUUUGGGGAGGGUAGCCCUCAAUCUAGAAAGGCUGAUGUGUUAUUUGUUCAAUAAAAUUAUUUGUAGACCCUGCA